AUGUAUCGCAUCUACAACAUCUACGCGCUCGCCGCCAUUGGCACCAUUGGCGGUAUGCUUUUCGGCUUCGACAUCAGUUCCAUGAGUGCCUGGAUCGGUGCCGACUCCUACAAGGAAUACUUCGGCUUCCCGAGCUCCACUUUGCAGGGAGGUAUCACGGCCUCCAUGUCUGGUGGCUCUCUCGUCGGCGCUCUAGUCGCAGGUUUCAUUGCCGACUGGUGGGGCCGCCGCGGCGCCCUCAAGCUCGCCUCCGUCAUCUGGAUCAUCGGUGCCGUACUCCAGUGCUCUUCCCAGAACGUCGGCCACCUCAUCGCCGGCCGAGUUGUUAGUGGUCUCGCCAUCGGUAUCACCAGUUCGCAGUGCUGCGUCUACCUCGCCGAGCUGGCCCCUUCCCGAAUCCGCGGCCGCAUCGUCGGCAUCCAGCAAUGGUCCAUCGAAUGGGGCAUCCUGAUCAUGUACCUCAUCUCGUACGCCUGUGUCGUCACCAUCGACAGCCCCAAAGCUUUCCGCAUCGCCUGGGGCGUCCAGGGCAUCCCCGGUCUCAUCCUUGGCGUUGCUCUCUUCUUCUUCCCCGAGUCUCCCCGUUGGCUGGCCCAGAAAGACCGCUGGGAGGAGUGCCAUGAGGUCCUCGCCCAUUUGCAUGCCGGCGGUGAUCGCGAGGCGCCCGUUGUACUCGCCGAGCUCGACGAGGUCAAGGACGCCGCCCGCAUUGCCGCCGAGUCCAAACACAUUGGUGUCCUGGGUCUCUUUGGUCCUCGCGUUUGGAAGCGCACCCUGGCUGGAUGUAGUGUCCAGGUCUGGCAGCAGCUUCUCGGGGGGAACGUCAUGUUGUACUACCUCAUCUAUAUCUUCAACAUGGCUGGCAUGACUGGCAAUACUGCCCUGACCUCGUCCAUCAUCCAAUACGUCAUCUUCCUGGUUACGACCGGCGCUAUUCUGCCCAUCAUCGACCGCCUCGGUCGUCGUCCUCUCCUCAUCGGCGGUGCUAUCAUCUGCUGCAUCAUCCACUUCACCACCGGUGCCGUUAUGAAGGUCCACGGCAACCCUGUCGACGAAGUGGACGGCGAUGAGAACCUGAAAUGGGCCAUCUCUGGCGCCCCGGCCCAGGGAGUUAUUGCCCUUUGCUACAUCUUUGUUGGUGUCUACGGCCUCACCUGGGCCCCUAUCGGCUGGAUCUAUGCCUCAGAGGUGUUCCCCCUCAAGUACCGCGCCACCGGGGUUGGUUUCGCCGCCGCCUGCAACUGGGCUUUCAACCUCGCCCUUGCCUUCUUCGUCCCGCCCGCCUUCACAAACAUCCAGUGGAAGACGUACAUGAUCUUCGGCACCUUCUGCGCCGCCAUGACGGUGCACAUCUUCUUCACCUAUCCCGAGACCUCCGGCAAGACUCUCGAGGAGAUUGACGCCCUGUUCGACUCCAACGUCCCCGCCUGGCGCACCAGGAGCGCCGGUGUGCGCUUUGAGGACCGUGUUGCCGCUGCCGAGAGCAAGAAGAAUGGUUUCAACGCCACUCACGUCGACCAGGUGGAAGUUUAA